ACUCAUCUCAGUGUGUUUUUAUGUUUUCAGUGGAGCUGAGUUCUGCUUUGCCUGUAAGGGUUCCUCCUGCAGCCAUCCCUAUGGACCUGCGCCUGGAGCAGACGCAGACGUUGGAGUCGACCCGGCGGGAGCAGCAGCUGCAGCAGGAGAUGUUAGCGCUCAAACACAAGCAGCAGCUGCAGCGGCAGAUCCUCAUCGCUGAGUUCCAGCACAAACACGAGCAGCUCUCACGCCAACACGAGGCCCAGUUACAGGAGCACAUGAAGCAUCAGCAGGAGCUCCUGGCCCUCAAGCAUCAGCAGGAGCUGCUAGAGCAUCAGAGAAAGAUGGAGCAGCACCGGCUGGAACAGGAGCUGGAGAAACAGCAACGGGAACAAAAGCUUCAGCUCCUCAAGAACAAAGAACGUGGCCAGGAGAGUGCAGUGGCCAGCACAGAGGUGAAGAUGCGUCUGCAGGAGUUUGUUCUGAAUAAAAAGAAAGCACUCGCUCAGCGCAGUCUCAACCACUGCAUCUCCAACAACCCACGCUACUGGUAUGGGAAAACUCAGCACAGUUCUUUGGAUCAGAGCUCUCCUCCUCAGACUGCCAUCAGUACUUAUAACCAUCCUACCAUGGGCGUCUACGACUCCAAAGACGACUUUCCUCUGCGCAAAACAGGUGCUUCACACAACACUCUCCUUCUUUUGAAGUAUCUGAAGUGACACUGGAGAAGAUGAAGGCUCUGUUUGGAGUAUAUAACAACAUAUCAUCUAGUUAUAUUAUCACUCCUCCUGCAAAUUAGAAAUAGCAGCUCUGUUUUGGUGAUGUUCUUGUGUUGCGUGAAAGAAUCAGAGGAAGCUGGUGCUGCUUGUACUGUAUAAUUAUUCACUUAGAGGUGAAGCCGUUGUGAUGCUGUUGACUGGAAAUGAGCCACAGUUUACUCUGGCCAGCUGGAGCGCAGAGAGUGUGUGUGUCCGUGAGUGUGAGUUUUUGUGACACUUCAGGACAUGAGUUUGUAUAAUGACUGUAGGUAUGACAAGGUGAAGGUGAUUUUUCAGGAUAUUACCUCAUGUCCCCACUAUUAAACGCUUCUAAAUCAUACAGAGUUGUUUUGAAAAUCUAAAAAUGCCUAGGUUUCUAUGAGGGGUACAAUAACACACACAGUUUGUACAACAUAAAAACCAUUACGCUUAUGAGGUGUGGGUGUGAGAGAGAGAGAGAUUAGCUAGUUAAGUGUUGCUCUCCUAGUGAACUUAGCAUUUCAUCUGCUGCUGUCAAAUGCUGUUUUGUCAAAAGCCUCUGAAUGACAGCAAAACCUCUGUGUACGUGCUCAUAGUAACUUGCCAAAGCUCAAGUGCUGUUCACUGCCAGAAAGGCUCCGCCCACACACACUUCUGAUUGGCUGUGGUAUUUGAUUGAUUUGUUUUCUCACUUGUAGU